AUGAGGAUUGAUGAGAACGAAGGUGUCUCUGCUUCAAGCAAGCACUUAGUCUUCGCUUACUACGUCACUGGUCAUGGCUUCGGCCACGCUACUCGCGUCGUCGAGGUUGCCCGUCACCUGAUCGCGGCGGGGCACGAUGUUCAUGUCGUCACCGGAGCGCCUGAUUUCGUCUUCACAUCCGAAAUCCAGUCCCCGAGGCUCAAAAUCCGAAAGGUUCUUUUGGAUUGUGGUGCUGUGCAAGCUGAUGCAUUGACCGUUGAUCGUCUUGCCUCGUUAGAAAAGUAUGUCGAAACAGCUGUUGUUCCUCGAGCUGAAAUAUUGAAAACAGAAGUGGAGUGGCUUCAUUCCAUCAAAGCUGAUUUUGUGGUGUCUGAUGUUGUCCCCGUCGCAUGCCGUGCAGCGGCUGAUGCUGGGAUACGAUCUGUCUGUGUUACCAAUUUCAGCUGGGAUUUUAUCUAUGCUGAGUACGUGAUGGCUGCUGGAUAUCACCAUCGCUCCAUCGUUUGGCAGAUAGCUGAAGAUUAUUCUCAUUGCGAGUUCCUAAUUCGCCUCCCAGGGUAUUGUCCAAUGCCUGCGUUUCGUGAUGUCAUCGAUGUACCGUUAGUUGUGAGGAGACUUCACAAAACGCGCAAGGAGGUGAGGAAAGAACUCGGCAUUGCUGAAGAUGUGAAUGUUGUCAUACUCAAUUUUGGCGGACAGCCCUCAGGAUGGAACUUGAAGGAAACAUCACUACCGACUGGCUGGCUGUGUCUGGUUUGUGGCGCAUCCGAGACCCUGGAGCUUCCACCAAAUUUUGUAAAGCUUGCUAAGGAUGCUUAUACGCCUGAUAUUAUAGCUGCAUCUGACUGUAUGCUUGGGAAAAUUGGUUAUGGCACUGUCAGUGAAGCCUUAUCGUACAAGGUGCCGUUUGUCUUUGUACGCAGAGAUUACUUCAAUGAAGAACCUUUUCUCAGAAAUAUGCUCGAGUUUUAUCAGUGUGGUGUUGAGAUGAUCAGGAGAGACCUAUUAAUGGGACAAUGGAAGCCAUAUCUUGAACGUGCAGUUAGCUUGAAACCUUGCUACGAAGGUGGCAUCAUUGGUGGUGAGAUUGCAGCUCAUAUCUUACAAGAAACAGCCAUUGGAAGACAUUGUGCAUCCGAUAAGUUAAGUGGUGCAAGAAGAUUACGUGAUGCCAUUAUCCUGGGGUAUCAGCUACAGAGGGUCCCUGGAAGGGACAUUGCUAUUCCAGAGUGGUGUACCGAUGAUUUUGAUAUCCUUCAAGGUGAUGUUCAAGGUCUUUCAGAUACAUGGGCAUUUCUUAAGAGUUUAGCCAUGCUAGAUGAUUUUCAUGAUUCUGCAAAGAGUGUGGAGAAGAAAACCAUGCGUGAACGAAAAGCUGCUGGUGGGCUCUUCAAUUGGGAGGAAGAAAUAUUUGUUGCCAGAGCACCUGGAAGAUUAGAUGUGAUGGGUGGAAUUGCUGACUAUUCAGGAAGCCUUGUCCUGCAGAUGCCAAUAAGGGAAGCUUGCCAUGUAGCUGUUCAAAGAAACCAUCCUGGAAAACAUAGACUGUGGAAACAUGCGCAAGCCCGACAGCAAGCUAAGGGACAAGUACCAACACCAGUUCUGCAAAUUGUCUCAUAUGGAUCAGAGAUCAGCAAUCGUGCACCUACCUUUGACAUGGAUUUGUCUGACUUUAUGGAUGGAGAUGAACCAAUUUCUUAUGAAAAAGCAAGGAAGUUCUUUGCUCAGGAUCCAGCACAAAAGUGGGCAGCAUAUGUUGCUGGGACAAUAUUGGUAUUGAUGACAGAACUUGGUGUGCGUUUUGAGGAUAGCCUCAGCUUCCUGGUUUCUUCGGCUGUGCCUGAAGGUAAAGGUGUCUCUUCAUCUGCUGCUGUGGAGGUGGCAAGCAUGUCCGCAAUAGCUGCUGCCCAUGGACUGAGUAUCGAUCCGCGAGAUCUUGCUAUACUCUGCCAAAAGGUUGAGAAUCACAUUGUUGGAGCUCCAUGUGGUGUUAUGGAUCAGAUGACUUCAUCCUGUGGGGAAGCCAACAAACUUUUGGCCAUGAUCUGCCAAGUAGGUCUUAGUAACACCUAA